AUGAGCGAACUAGUCAACAUAGACCUGGUCUUGAGGAUCGCAGCUAUCCUGGACGACACGGAACAGGGCAAGAUCCAGGUUACGCCGGAGCAAUUCAAAGAGGUGGAACUCUUUUUGGAACGGGAAAAAAUCAAUAGCAAGAUCCCAGACACAUUUCUCAUCCCAAGGGGCGAAACGAUAUGGCCAGGGUUAGCAUUUGAGUUCGGGUACACAGAAUCAUUCGAGGAUCUUAAACAGGAUGCCGAUUUACUUCUACGAGGAUCCGAGGGCCGUAUCGAAACAGUGAUUAUCGUGAAGCUAGACCCGCUGAGAGCAAACGAAACACGCGUUGAAGGCGGAUUUGUCGAGAUAUAUGUCUUCGAUCCUGAGUCCGGAGAAAGUCGAAAACGCGGACAAAGAAUGACCCUCUACCCUCUUCCGAUAAACCACACUCAGCAGCGUAUUCAACUCGAGUGGGAAGACAUUCUUAGACAGCGGUUGGACCUCCAUGUCUCACAAGUGCAAAAGCCACCACCGUUGAUGCUUGACGCUCUCCAGGAGAUUAUUGAAGAGUACACCGAAAGGGACUUGAACCAGCUACAAGACUGGAAUGCGCGUAGGUGA